ACAUCCGUGUUGGAAAUUUGUUUUGCUUUAGGUGGAUGUCAGAUUGCGCUGGAUAAACAUCACAGUAGCUGCAUGCUAGACAUUACAAAAGCGUUUUCUUUAAACGAAACUGCGUCAGUAGACUACGUCAUUGUAUAUUAGUAUUUUUUUUUUAUAAUCAGUGUCUAGCUUAUCUGAGACAGAACGCUAAUGCUAACGACAGCUAGCUAGCAGGCUAACAAAGCAGGCUUUUAUAAUGAAACACAGUUAGCUCGCGUGCCCACUGUUUUGAGCUGUGUCAAACCAUAAUUCAUAUUUACAGCCAUUGUCUGUUUUACGUAAUUGUUAGUAACUUAAACCUGCAACAUGGGUUAACUAGCUAACUGUUAAUGCUGCUGUGUUGGCUCUGAAAAAUAAAACGUCUUCACUUGUUGGUACUUAUGUAACGUUAUUCAUCACAUUUGCUGUCUGAUAAAGCUAGCUAACGUGCGUUUACAGAGCCAGUUUUGCUCGGUUUUCCAGUUUUUGAGUCAGCCAUCAUCACAUAGGCACACAUCAUUACAUAUUCGUGACAGAUACGUCAGUCAGGGAAUUGAUACUGGUCGAGGGUUGAUGUUUAGGACUGUCACAGGCAAAUCCCCAAGAAAGCCAUGCUAUGAUGGUGCUACGGCGGUUACUGAGAAAGCGCUGGGUGCUGGGAGUAGUCUUCGGACUGUCUCUCAUCUACUUUCUCACCAGCACACUCAAACAGGAGGAGCGGACCAUACGGGACCGCACACUCUUAGAGGUUAGAGAUUCAGACCAUCGCAUCCCCUGGAAAGUCCGUUUCAACCUGGGCAACAGCAGCCGACAGAUCACUCAGUGCAGAAACUCCAUCCAGGGCAGGACACUGCUCACAGACGAACUCGGUUAUGUCUGCGAGAGAAAAGACUUGUUGGUUAAUGGCUGCUGUAACGUCAAUGCUCCCAGCAGCAGACAGUACAUUUGUAAAAGCUGCCUGGCUAAUGGCUGUUGUAGCAUCUAUGAGUAUUGCGUGUCUUGCUGUCUCCAGCCUGAUAAGCAACCUCUCCUUGAGCACUUCCUGAAUCGUGCCGCUGAAGGUUUCCAGAAUCUAUUCACUGCUGUAGAGGAUCAUUUUGAGCUGUGCCUGGCCAAGUGUAGGACUUCUUCACAAAGUGUUCAACAUGAGAACACCUACCGAAACCCUCAAGCAAAGUACUGCUACGGAGAGAGUCCUCCAGAGCUCCUUCCUGUAUGAGCGUUUGACUUUCCUCUUGGGUUUUAGGAAGUACAGGAACAGCAGUGGGCCACUAAAACGUCCCUGUUUGGACACCUAAGGGUGCUUGGAGAAGAGGCUCUCUGCAAAUUAACUUCUGUCUUGGACAAUUUUGUAUUAUAGUAGCAAAGAGAUGGAGACAUCCAAGACCAACUUCAAAAUGGACAAAUUCUGUAUGUGAUUUGAUUAUUUACACUUCAUAAGUGCAUAGAACGCUUCAUACAUUCAUCCGUGAUGAUCAUCAGGUCUACAUAGCAGGCAGCUCAUCCAUCAGAAUCUGCUUCAAACCAGUUCAUGUCGUAAAAUAGGCUUAAGGUCUUUCAUGUUUUGUUGAAUAUUUUAAAAACAGCACCGAAUGUGUCAUUACUUCUGUGUAUAGUGCAUGCAUAUGAAACUGCUAUUUAAUAAAAGUGACUGUGAAAUGAAA